UCCAUCGUUUUUUCUCGAACACCGUGCUUCACUCUUUUUGUUCUCUUCUCUUGUUCUUUAUUUUUUUUUUCAUUGUCUCCUUCCAUCCCUCCCUCCUUCCGAUCUACGCUGCAGAGCGUUGUAGCUUGGUGGGAGAUUUUCCCCAUUCGUUGGAGCUGAGUAUCUUCCUUUUCCCCUCAUCUGUGGGAUGGGUUUUAUCUCCAGAAAGGUUCUUCCAGUAUGUGGGAACAUGUGUGUGUGCUGUCCCGCUUUGAGGUCGAGAUCUCGACAGCCAACGAAGCGUUACAAGAAGUUGCUUUCUGAGAUCUUCCCGAAAUCCCUAGAUGGCCCUCCAAAUGAAAGGAAAAUUGUUAAGUUAUGUGAAUAUGCUUCUAGGAACCCUAUACGUAUACCAAAGAUUGCCAAGUACCUGGAACAGAGGAUCUACAAAGAACUACGAUCUGAGCACAUCAAAUUUGUUAAUGUUAUCAUGGAGGCCUACAACAAGUUGCUUUGCAUGUGUAAGGAGCAGAUGGCAUACUUUGCUCUCAGCCUUCUGAAUGUGGUUAUUGAACUUUUGGAUAACACGAAGCAAGAUGUGGUGCGCAUACUUGGAUGUCAAAUCUUGGCCAGGUUCAUUUAUAGUCAGGCGGAUAGUACUUACACACACAAUAUUGAAGGCUUGGUUCAUAAAGUAUGUUCUUUGGCUUGCGAGUCUGGUGAAGAACGAAGCAAGCAAUGUUUGCGAGCAUCAAGCUUGCAGUGCCUUUCAUCUAUGAUGUGGUUCAUGGGAGAAUUUUCACAUGUUUUUGAUGAUUUUGAUGAGAUUGUGCAUGCAAUAUUGGAUAACUAUGACCCAGAUAUGCAUCUUGAGGGUGACAAUGAAAGAGGGGAGCUGCAACAUAAUUGGGUUGAUGAAGUAGUUAGGUGUGAAGCAGGUGUUGGUGGUGAUCUAAGCCCAAAUCACAUUAUCAGGCCACGGCCAGAGAAAAAGGAUUUCUCUCUAUUGACAAGAGAAGAGAUUGAGACUCCAAAGAUUUGGGCACAAAUUUGUAUCCAGAGAGUGGUUGAACUGGCCAAGGAGAGUACAACAAUGCGCCGGGUUUUGGAUCCAAUGUUCAUUUACUUUGACACUAAAAGAAAGUGGGUUCCUCGCCAGGGGUUAUCUGUGGUUGUUCUAUCUGAUAUGUGUUAUUUUGCUGAAAAUCCAGGAAGUGAGCAAUUGAUUCUAGCUUCUGUCAUCCGGCAUCUGGACCACAAGAAUGUUUCUCAUGAUCGCCAAGUUAAAUCUGAUAUUAUUCAGAUUGCUGCUACUUUGGCUCGACAAAUUAGGACACAGACUAUGGUUGCUGAAAUUGGAAUUAUCAGUGAUCUCUGUAGACAUUUGAGGAAAAGCCUACAAGCCAAGGCUGAAUUGGUUGGACAGCAAGAGGCGAACUUGAAUAUUUCGCUUCAAAACUCUAUUGAAGAUUGCUUAUUAGAAAUUGCCAAAGGGAUUGGGGAUGCUCGGCCACUGUUUGACAUGAUGGCUAUAGCAUUGGAGAAGCUUCCACCUGUGGGAGUUGUUGCAAGGGCUACCAUUGGAUCACUGCUGAUUCUAGCUCAUAUAAUAUCUUUGGCAUCUACAACCUUGCAACUACAGCAGACCUUUCCAGAUGCACUUCUACUCCAACUUUUGAAAACUAUGGUGCAUCCUGAUACUGAAGCACGUGUUGGAGCUCACCAGAUUUUUGCUACUCUCCUUGUCCCAACAUCUAACCAUCCUAAACAUGAAAUAGCUACUGUUCGAUCUGGGUAUCCAUAUGAACCCAAGAGGUGGCAGUCCAAAACUGCAUUUGCAUUUGCCUCAACUACUGCUUUACUUGAAAGGCUUCGUAGGGAAAAGGAUGGCAUGAAAUUCGAAAAGCACAGGAAUUCCUUGGAAGAUUCCAAGGAUAGAGAACCUGCGGAAGAAGAUUGGAAACAGGGGUGGACCCGCAAAAACUCACCAAACUUUUACAAACUAAAUUGUUACAGAACAGCUGGGUCAGCUUGCUUUCCUGAGGCAGAACCAAAUAUUGUGAAAUUAAGUGAGGAUCAAACAGCUCAGUUACUUUCUGCAUUUUGGUUGCAAGCCAAUCUUCCAGAUAAUUUGCCAUCAAACUUUGAAGCUAUUGCUCAUUCCUUCUGCUUGACACUUAUCUGCUCACACCUUAAGGGGCUUGCAUUAAUGACAGUUAACAUUAUUCCCUUGAAUCCCAAUCACAAUAUUGCUGUACGUUUCUUUCAGCUUCCUCUCUCUCUUAGAAACAUAUCCUUGGACCCAUGUAAUGGAAUGUUGCCAGUGUCAUGCCAGAGAUCUCUUUUUGUACUAGCAACAGCUAUUUUGAUGUUUGCAGCAAAAAUUUAUCAUAUCUCUGAUCUGAACGACCUGCUUAAAUCAUCAGUUCCUAACGAUGUUGAUCCAUUCUUGAGCAUUGGUGAUGACUUGCAAUUAUAUACAAGGCCUCAGGCCGAUUUGAGAGAAUAUGGAUCUGCUACUGAUUAUCAAGCUGCUAUGACCUUGCUUGCCAAGUUGAGGGAGGAAUCUUGUGAAUCUAACAAGACCAUACAGGACAUCUUAGUCCCAAGCCUUUCUAAUGUAACUGAGCUGGACAUGGAUGACCUGGCCAGGCAAUUGUCAGAGGUCUUCACCCCUGAUGAUGUAUUCAUGUUUGCUCCACAAUCUGCACUUGGCUUGUGCCACCUUCGAACAAUUUGUCUAAAGAAGGAAUCACAUCCCGAUGGGGAACCAACAUCUUCAAGCGAAGAUGAUGCACUAAGUGAUUCAUCCAACCGCACUGGUGUCAUGCCAAGAACUCCUACUUCUCCAUCCUUGUCUCAUAUUAUCAGUGUUGGGCAGCUUGUAGAAUCGGCACUGGAGGUAGCCGGCCAGGUGGCAGGUACAUCAGUAUCAACCUCACCCCUUCCGUAUAGUGCCAUGGCAAGCCAAUGUGAGGCCCUAGGCACAGGAACAAGGAAGAAGCUGUCUAGUUGGUUAGCCCAUGAAACACCUCUGCCAAGAGCAGGCGAGGUCUUUUCAGCUUUUCCUUCAGAUGGGCAAUCGGCCAUUAGAAAUAUAACCAUUGAGAAUGGUGGAUAUGUUCAAGGUAUCCUGUCAACUGAACAAUGGUCGUCUAUGAGGUUGCCUCCCGCCAGCCCAUUUGAUAAUUUCCUCAAAGCAGCUGGGUGUUAGGGAAAACCGAAAGCUACAUCCCCCCCUCCCCCUCUCUCUCUCAUAGAAUUCUGUAUGUAUGCUUAUGGAUGUUGUGUAUGGGUAACAUGUAAAAUCAUAGGAAAUUAUUAGGAUGGUAUAGUAGGGCGAUGUCUUCCUGUAUGCUGUCAUGUGAGUUUAGGUGUUAAGUUGUUAACUUUUACUUGCAUUUGCACGCACAAGCACAUUUCCAAUCUACUCAAAAAUGGCAGCUCACUCGGGGGGUGUUCAACAA